CCCUUUUCGUAAACAAACAAAACAAAGUCGCCAAGCAUGACCGUACUAUCCAACCAAUACCGAUCCCACCCGCUUCCAGCCACCCUCUUCCUGGUUCUUAUCCAAACCCAACCGGGCUACACCUCCGUGAUAAGCAAGCCUGGCCUUUGACCCAUCGGAGACCCGUUGCUAGGAUAGUAUGGCCGUCGUUCCUGCUGGCUCAGUGGCUCCGGCGUCCGAGCCCCAGAGCGAGUAUCAUUGGGAAUGCUUGGCCGAGAUCAGGCUCAAACCCACCCCACCGCCUCCUAAACGCCCCGACCAGAAUAAUGAUCAAAAGGAAGAGAAAGAAGAGGCAUGUCUAGAUGGACACUGGGUCCAGGCCUUGACCUGCUUGUGUUCUCGAUUAGAAGUUCAGCAUCUGGAUGGGACCGAGCCCCUGACCCUGAUCCCGACCUCGGAAGUAGAGGUCGAGCCACUCGCCCCCGCCUCAUCGCAGCCAGCCUGGUGCCCGCCUCAAGACCCAGAAUUGGAACCGAAAUCACCAUCACCAGCCGGCGGACAGGUUUUCUCGGAUAUGGCGGGUGGUAACCAGGUUGAGACGAAGCUCUCAUCCCCAACGGAUUUCGAAGCCUAUUGGCUGGAGCAUGGCCCCAAUUUAGUAUUAGCCGCUUGGCAAGAACAAUAUACGGAAUAUUUAGUGACGGACCCUGUAGAUACUGAGGCCAUGCCCCCGCUCUCGUCGACCGAAAAAGUCGUGGCUUCCCCCUCGCUUAUCGCUGAUUCAAAUUCUCCAUCCAUUGAGCCGGAUCCAACCAGUGAGGAGGAUGACCGUCAGGGGUGGCAGGAUUUGUGGCAAGAAACCUGGACCUACGUUUAUGAACGCGAAUAUCAACGUUUCACCCCGGAGAAAUCCUCACCCCACUCCGAUCCGGUCGAAUUACCUCGGGUAGAUUCCCCGACGGAAACGACUUCGCCCUCACAAAUUGAUCUCUGGGCCGAUGUCACGCCCGCUCAGACCAACGGCAUUGGUGUCUGGCUCAAUGUGAUUCAAGCCAUGAACGAACAAAACCCCGAACCAAAAUCUGAAAACGAAUCAGUGAAUCCAAAUGCUCGAGAGGAUGAGACGCCCGCCCAUGUUUCGGCCGCCACACCCACCCAGACCAAUCAGCACACGCUUUUCGGCAGGCAGGAUGGUAACGACGAGGAUGAUGACGAACCUCCCGACGAGCGUCCGGUAGACUCGUCCAAACUGAAACGAGCUCACGAAUUAGACUUGGAAGAGAAGCCCGACUUUGGCCUUGAAGAUCCCGUUCAACGGGCUCGACGAAACCUUAAGGCUUUGGGCUACACUUUCCAACCAGAUUCGGACCAGUCAGAAUCUACCUCUAAUUCAGUUCGUUACGAAACUGCGGCUGUGUAUUUUAGGAGUAAAGACGUUGUGAAGCGGAGCCGUAAAAUCGUUCAAUGUCUGGAGAAAGAUCGCACUCGGAAAGAGAAUCUCUUGACCGCCACUAGAGAUUUCCUAAAUCAGGCUCAAGAAGGUCAAGAAAAGAGCGAAUCGGAAGAGCUGGAUUAUCAAACCGCGGAGGACGAGCUCCCGACAUCGAUCAUCGCCGUCGAAUCAACAGAAACCUUCGUGCCGGUCUCGAAACCCAAACCCGACGAGCAGUUCUUCGAUUGCCUGGGUGAAGUUCCAGAGAAGAGCACUCGCCGUCCACCCCGACAGAGAAAGAACAAGGCCAGACGCAAGGUCAAGUUAAAGAUCGAAGCCUUGCCAGAAGAGUGGAAGGCCCACCCAGAACUGUCCAAGUACUGGAACCAACGCUACCGUUUAUUCGCCAGAUUCGACGAAGGAAUCCAAUUGGACUACGAAUCUUGGUUCUCAGUGACGCCCCAAAAGAUCGCAGAGCACAUCGCGGAACGAUGCCGCUGCGAUCUCAUCGUGGAUGGGUUCUGUGGCGUGGGAGGCAAUGCCAUUCAGUUCGCUUUCACGUGUGAACGCGUGAUCGCUGUGGAUAUUGAUCCGGUCAAAAUCGCCAUGGCCAAAAUCAACGCCCGUGUUUACGGUGUAGAAGAUCGAAUUGAGUUCAUCUGCGGAGAUUUCUUUCAAGUCGUGCCUCAAUUGAAAGCCGCUGAUGUGGUCUUCCUGUCUCCUCCUUGGGGUGGUCCCGAUUACUUGACGUCCGAGGUUUUCGAUGUCCGCACAAUGAUCCCCAUGGACGGACAUCGGGUUUUUGAGGUCGCCGCUCAAAUCACCCGCAAUGUGGCCUACUUUGUGCCCAGAAAUGUGGAUGUGGACCAGAUGUUAGCCUUGGCGGGCCUCAAUAACGGCUCUGGCCAAAUGGAAAUGGAACAGAACCUGUUGAACGGGAAAAUGAAAACCAUGACGGCCUACUACGGCGAUCUCGUCUAUCAGGAGUAAGGGAAGCAAUAAAUCAAAAUAUGUGUCUCUCUA